UCGCUGGCUCGUUUCACGCGACGUGUCACCGACAUUCGUCCCGGACGGGAUACAACAACCGGGCAGGCGUCAGAACGGCGGUCGCUGGACCGUCCGGCGGACGUCUCGACCGCCGUACGACGAGCCGCUGGAUCCAGGAGGUGGCGGAGGAGGGGCUGUGGAGGUGGUGGAGGAGGAAGGCCCGCGGACGUGCAACAAGUUAAGAGGCCGCCGCCGGUACCGUCGACAUCGCUGCCGCCGCCGCCACCGUUCUCGCCACGAUGUGACAUGGAUAUCCUAGCCGUAGCCUGCGCCCUCGUCGCCACGGCCCUCUACUGCAACACACUGCAAGCGGGUUUCGUCUACGAUGAUCGAAGAGCCAUCUUGACGAAUCCAGACCUGCUGGCCAACACGCCGUGGCAUCGGCUGCUGGAGAAUGACUUCUGGGGCACACCAUUGACGGACAAAGGGUCCCACGGCAGCUACAGGCCCCUCUGCGUGGCCACGUUUCGUCUGAAUCAUCUAUUCGGCGGUCUAGAGCCGUGGGGCUAUCAUUUGGUGAACGUUGCUCUCCACGCAGCCUGCACCGUUCUGGUGGUCAAGGUCGCCAGGAAGAUACUGCCUGGAAGAAACAAUCUCGGGCACGCGAUCGCCGGCUUCCUCUUCGCGGCCCAUCCGAUUCACAGCGAGGCGGUGGCCGGCGUGGUCGGUCGGGCCGACCUACUCGCCUGUCUGCUGACCUUGUCGGCGUUCCUGGCGUAUUGUGCCCACUGCGACCAGUCCCGUUCGCCGUUUCCCCUCCUACUGGCGAUCGUAUCCUCGACCCUGGCCACGCUCGCCAAGGAGACGGGUAUAUCCUCAUUGGCGUUGUGUCUCCUUUGGGAACUGUGUCGCGGCGAGUCGAAUCGAAAGGUGAACUGCGGCCUGACCCGUACCCGUAGCCUGGGCAUCCUCUCCGGUAGUCUAGUCCUGCUGAUCCUGGGUAGGCUGAGGAUCAUCGGCGCUAGACCGGAGUUCGCCAGCGCGGACAAUCCGACCGCCAGACACCCGUCACGUCUGACACGGGGUCUGACGUUCCUCUACUUACCGGCGGCUAGCGCGAGGAUGUUGCUCUGCCCCAGUACCCUGAGCUUCGACUGGUCGAUGGACGCAGUCCCAAGGAUAACAAGCAUCCUCGACGCAAGGAAUUUCGAGUCGGCUUGUUUAUACGCGGCGUUGAUCGGCGCCUCGAUUUGGGCGAUCAGAACGCUACGUCGACCGCCCAGAGAGGUCUCGUUGAGCCUAGUCCAAGUGUAUCCGCGGUCGAUGUCCUCCAGGUGUCCGGUGUGCGCUGGCAGACGAACAGGCGGAUGCCACACGGACGGGUGUCGCGCCGCAAACAACAACAACAACGGCCCGUUCGGCGAUUGUCAUUGCGCCAAGAGGGCGAACACCGGUUACACGAUGACCGCGAGCAACGUGUACGCAAGCAAACAAGCGGCCGCGACCGGUGUCGCCGUGUCGCUCGGUUUCCUCGUGCUUCCCUUCCUACCGGCUAGCAAUCUCUUCUUCUACGUGGGCUUCGUGAUAGCCGAGAGGAUCCUCUAUUUGCCGAGCGUGGGCGCCUGUCUGAUCGUCGGAGCUGCGGUCUCUGGAUGCUAUCGGAUAGCCAGACGAAACGGAUCGAGGAGAAGGGGCAGAACGAUACUGCUGGCCACCGUGCUCCUCGUGUGCCUGAUGUCCGCGAAGACGCUGCUCAGGAACGCUGACUGGUAUGACGAGGAGAGCCUCUACAGGUCCGCUCUGCACGUCAACCCGCCGAAAGCUUAUGGUAAUUUGGGCAGUGUUCUGAGCGCGCAGGGACGAGUCGCAGAGGCGGAGGAGGCGUUUGUCCAGGCGCUUCGUUAUCGACCGAACAUGGCGGACGUGCACUACAAUCUGGGAAUUUUACAGCAGGGCCGAAAGAAUUACGAGGAGGCCAUUCUGAGUUAUCAGCGAGCGAUCCAUUUCCGACCUUCGUUAGCUCAGGCUUACGUGAAUCUGGGCGCAGCCCUGGCCACGGUCGGACGCGGAACAGAGGCGGCUGCGGUUUUGCGGGCCGGCGCGUCCCUGGACGGGUCCGGUCUCAAGGACAAAAGGGCUCACGAGGCGGCCAGAGUGCAGGCCCUACUUCAAUUAGGCGCCCUCUACGCUGAUCAGGGCAGAUUACAAAGGGCCCUCGCCGCGUACCAGGAGGCGCUGCACGCCUUGCCGGAUCACUAUCCGCCUCAGAGCGUUUACAAUCUGCUCGGGGAAACUCUGUCGAGGCUGCAACAGUACGCGGAGGCGGAAAGGUGGUUCCAGGCGAGUUUGGCCAGCCAGCCUGACCACGUGCCGGCCCACAUCACUUACGGGAAACUUUUGGCCCGAAACUCGAGCCGCGUGCUGGAGGCCGAGAGAUGGUUCCUGAGAGCCCGUAGACUGGCGCCGGACGAUUCGAGCGUGCACCAUCAUUACGGACUGUUCCUGACGUCGCAAGGUCGUCUGUCCGAGGCGGCGGAGGAGCAGCUACGUGCGGCGGAACUGUCCCGUUCCGAUUACGAGCUGUCGAUGGCCGCGGCGUCGGCGUUGCGUCAGGCGGACCGGUUGGAUGACGCGGAGAUCUGGUACCGUCACGCGGCCAGCCUGAGGCCGAACGAGGCGCGCAGCCACACGAACCUCGGCGCGAUUCUGCACCUGAACGGGAAAUACAAACAGGCGGCGGCCGCGUACAGCGAGGCGUUGAGACUGCAGCCGGGCGACGCGACGACCAUCAUGAACCUCCACAAACUCGCGUCGAUCCUGGCGUGACCACGCGACCCGGAGAACGGUGCUGACGCGUUCGCGGACAGAGACAGCGACGAGAGAGACGAGUGUGCGUGUAUAAUACGACCCCGGAAAGGACCCACUAUCGACUCGCCGUAUAUCCUGACCCCAACGUCUCCCCGAUCUUCCU